UGCAGUGGAUGGCAUCUACUGAGUUCCAACACAGCAAAUGGGCGAAUACCGAAGAUGGUAGAUUUACUCAUGCAAGUUUUGCAAGUAUGGAGUGGUGGGAUGCAUUGAAAUAUAUCAUCGACACGGUUCAACCGAUAUACAAGUUCCUCCACUUCGCUGAUCAGGACAAGAAGCCGAACAUGUGCAAAGUCGUGAUGGCCUACCAGACUAUGAAACAGGAGCUGCAGUCUUUCUUUGGAACAAAUGUUUCCACACUGAAAGAGUAUAUUGAGGUGGUGGACGAGAGGUUGGGUGACGUGUUCAUAGGCACGUAUGUGGGUCCAGCUGCUGUCCUAAAUCCGAGGUAUGAAUAUACGAUGGAUCCAACUCAACUAAUGUUUUGUGGACUUAAGGAUACAUUUCAGCGCAUGACGGAUCUCCAGACCGUCGUCCAGGCAUUGCAGGAGUUUGACGUGUUUCGGCAGAAAAUUGGCGAGUAUAGCAGUGAUAUGGCAAUGCAGAUGGCGAUGGACCCAAAGACAUCCCCAUGUAAGAGUUAUUCCAUAUGA